GUUACUUUCUAAUUUAACUUUUGCCGCGGAAGAGGUGCUUGCGUUGCAGUAGAUACUAGGGAGACGUAGUGUGUUACGAUGAUUGGAGUGUGAUUUUGGGUGGUAGAGGAGUAAUAAUAAUUAGAAUAUUAGGAUUAGUUUGGGUGAGAAUCGGAAGCAAUAGCAUCGAUCGAAAAAUGCAAUCGUUAUCGUUAAGUAUGAGUCUGAGGAGUGGUAGUGCAGCGAAUUUACUGUUGCUGGGUUCGGAGGCGAGAGUGAGAAGAAGAAGCAGAAGUGUGGUCGUAGCGUGUGCUUCGGAGGGAGACAGUGGUAGCAGUAGCACCAGCUCCUUUCUUUCUCGGACCCAAACCUACGCUCUUCUCAAGCAACAGUUGCAAGUAGCUGCUAAAUCUGAGGAUUACAAGGAAGCUGCUAGAAUUCGAGAUUCGUUGAAGUUGUUUGAGGAAGAGGAGCCUGUGUUGCGUCUGAGGAGACUAUUGAAGGAAGCAAUUGCGGAAGAGAGAUUCCAGUUUUACACUUGGGCACCUUUUCCUCUGUCUUUCCAGGAUGCUGCUAGUUAUCGUGAUGAGCUAAAAAAAAUUGCCCCACACUCUCUUUUAAAAUGCUGCAGUGAUGCUACAACAUUGGGAAUCAGGGUUCAAGUUAGGAGUGUAUAUAUAGAGGGCAGAAGUCAGCCUUCAAAGGGGUUAUACUUCUUUGCAUAUAGAAUAAGAAUUACCAAUAACUCAGACCACCCUGUUCAACUUCUUAGAAGGCAUUGGAUUAUAACUGAUGCUAAUGGGAAGACGGAAAAUGUCUGGGGAAUUGGAGUUGUUGGUGAACAGCCGUUAAUACUUCCUGGGAAUAGUUUUGAAUAUUCUUCAGCCUGCCCACUGAGCACACCAAAUGGAAGAAUGGAAGGUGACUAUGAAAUGAUCCAUGUGGAAAGAGUAGGCUCACGAUCAUUCAAUGUGACCAUAGCCCCGUUUUCUCUCUCUCUCCUUGGAGAUGAUGAAGGUUGUAAUAUUUGAAACUGAACUACAGCAUCACCUUCUGCAACAUGUAAAUAUUUGUCAUUCUCAUCGCCAGUCCAAAGUAUUCAAGCAGUCUAUAUGCUUUACUAAAUGCAAAAUAUUUUAUGGUUACGAAUAAAAUGAUCAGCAUACAUUUGUAUUUUA